AUGUCUGCCACCUCAACAUCGCAUGUUCGCGCUAUUUCCACGGAAUCUCGACGUCACUCGCAUUCCAACGCAUCUCCACGCGCCGUUCGCGCUUCGGCGUCCUCCAGGUCGUCUCCCGACGCCGUGCGCGACGAGCUCGACCGGUGCUUCGCCCUGGUCGAACGUCUCGGUCGCGGCGUCGUCUACCUCGGCAGCGCGCGCGUGAAGGAGAGCCAUUCACAUUACGUCCAUGCGCGAUCAUUAGCGAAAGAGAUCGCGCACACGUUGGAUUGCACGACGUGGAGCGGCGGCGGCGCAGGGAUGAUGGACGCGGCGACGCGCGGCGCCCUGGACGCGAACAAACCGGUGGGCGGAAUCAUGAUCGAUCUCGAAGCGGGACAGCGAAAGGGGACGAAACCUUCGAGGACGCAUCCGUAUUUGCCCGCGGAGUCGUACCUGUGCGCGAGAUUUUUCAGCGCGAGGAAGCACGGUUUAGUGGACGCGGCGACGCGGGCGACAAAGCGCGACCGCACGGCGUUCGUCGCCCUUCCCGGCGGCGUCGGCACCUUGGACGAGAUAUUCGAAAUAUUAGCGCUCGUGCAGCUCAAGAGGUUGGACACCGCGCACGAGGUUCCGUUUCUAUUUAUGAAUUACGACGGGUGCUACGCCGGUUUGCUCGAUUUUCUCAAGCGCGACCUCGCGUCUUACGGCGCCGUCACCACCGAAGAGCUCGAGGACCUCUUCGUCGCGUGCGACACGAAUGAGGACGCUUUGGCCUACCUCAAGAAAUUCUAUAAUCUCUAG